UGAAGUUCAUUAUCAGUUAACUUAUUUUUCUCUGCAGGUAAACAAGUGGCAAUUUCCAUGAGUGACGGUGAAAAUAUAAACAAACUUACAAGUAAAGUUUACCAACAAUAAUUCGUUAUAUAAAAAAAUUAAAGAAUUUAAAAUAAACAAAUUUUAAAGCAUUUAGUAUAAUGAACUUGUUUUUAUUGAGCUUACAUACGGGCUCGAUUUCUAAUUACUAAACGUACGUGUGUGUGGUUGUAUAUAUUAGCCGAAAGUACUUUUCACUUCAUGCGUGCAAUUGUCUACGAUCGCAGUUCUUGCCCAAUCGAGUUAUUUUCUCUUAUUGAAGUGAAAAAAAAGAAAAAUAAUUAGCAAAAAUACAAAUUCAAGUUAAAAGUAAUUAAUUUUUAUAAUAAAACGCGUUACAUAUUCUUCUGAUGUCUGUAUAUCUGUGUUAAGUGAAUAAGUCCUUUUGAGUUAAUAUAUAAAAAUUUGGAAGUGAUAUAAACUUUAGAAAAAAAAAUAUUAAAAAAUGUCUGCCGAUAGAUAUCACAAAGCUGCUAAAGAUGGAUUACUUGAUGUCUUGAAAGAGGCUACACGAAAAGAUGCGAAUUCGAAGGAUGACGAUUCAAUGACACCAGUAUUAUGGUCAGCUUUUGAGGGUCGUCUGGAUGCUUUGCGUCUUUUAUGUGGCAGAGGGGGGGAUCCUGAUAAAUGUGACCAAUUUGGAAACACAGCAUUACAUUUGUCAUCUGCUAAAGGACACUUGCACUGUGUUGAUUUUUUGAUUAAAUUUGGAGUGAAUAUAUAUGCGCUCGACAUUGAUAAACAUAGUGCUAAGGAUCUUGCGGCUAUUAACAAUCGAGAUGAUAUAUUAAGGUAUUUGGAUACUGCCAUGUCAAAUUUCGAGACAAAUGAUAGAAAGAAAGCUAAGGCUCUAAAGGAAUUGGCGGAGAAAAAUUGUGAAAAACGCAUGCGCGAAUACAUGAAACGACAACAGAAACAAGAGAAUGAAUGCGUCGAUGUUAAACCAGCUUCAAUCACGAACAAGUCGAGCGGUAAGAUGCUUUCUACAUUGAAACAAAAAAUUUGGUCAAGUCAGGGUAAUUUGAAUAAAUCAGGUAAAGAUAACUUUAACAAUACAAACCCAGGCAGUACCAAAUUUAGUGAUUUAGUGGGUACUAGCAGUAAUAAUAAUGCUGGUGGCUCUAUGGUAAGUCGCACUGGUACUGUACAGAAAAAACUGAAAAGUCAAGCAGCUGGCAAUAAUUAUGGUGACGCUGCCAAUGGUUUUAAGAUCGGGGAAAUCGAAGCAGACGGUAAACGUACAAUAACUUCGUUAACCGGUCUACAAAGGGAUUCUGAAGUUUUGUAUGUUGGAACUUUUAGUUCUAAUGAAGAUAAUGGAAAGCGUGGUAAAAUAAGUGAUGUAUUUGAGGUUGAAGCUGCCAAUAGUGAUACUGAACGUGACACUGGGAGACUAGGUUAUGGUACACUAUCACGUUCAUUUUCACAGCCUGAUUUACUCGAUGAUUAUAGUUGUGAAGGAUUAAGUGAAGAAAUUGGAGCACAAAGACCAGCUGGCCUUUUUGAUAGACCUAUGUUAGGCAGUAUUGCUUUUAGACGUUCAGUUACUGCCGCUUUAAGCCAUUUGCAUACGAACUCUUAUUCACCGGAUACGGCAUCAAAUUCAACGACUAAUACUUCUUUAAACACAUCAGUAACAACUGCUGGUAAAAGUCGUGGUAAUAAAGGUAGAACUUUUCUUAAUUUAUCAGACAGUGACUCAGAUGGUGGCGAUGCGUUCAGUGAUGAAGAUGAUCAAGAUGUUGCUGGUAGUCCCAUACAGCGGUUCUUAGCUGUUUGGGGAUUAGAUGAAUACAUCAACAUAUUUCAGAAACAACAAAUUGAUUUAGACACCCUUAUGCUUUUAACUGAAACUGAUUUGAAGUCAUUAGGACUUCCUUUAGGACCUUUCAGAAAAUUAACGUUUGCUAUACAAGAAAGACGAAAUGCACUUGCCAACCCAGGACCAAUACAGGAUAGCUGUCUUUAAAAUACCCCACAUAUUUAUUAAA